AUGGCAGUUAAUUUGACUUUCAUACAGCCAAUGUCAUCAAUAAAUGCAACAUUUAUUCUUCCCUCCAGCUUUUACAUCAUUGGACUUGACAAUAUCCCACAUGCAAAGUAUUACUAUGUGUUUCUGUGCUUUGUGUAUGCAGUGACUGUUUUGGGAAAUUUCUUUAUAAUGGGCACCAUAUAUCUGGCACGCAGCUUACACACUGCCAAAUAUAUAGCUGUCUUCAACCUGGCCUUGUCUGAUCUGUGUGGAAGCUCUGCUCUCAUUCCAAAGCUUCUGGACAUGUUUCUGUUUGAGAAUCAGUACAUAUCUUAUGAAGCCUGUCUAGCAAACAUGUUUUUUGUUUAUGUCUUUAUGACCCAACAGUCUCUUACUCUGCUUGCUAUGGCCUAUGACAGGCUAAUUGCUAUAUGUUUUCCACUGAGGUAUCAUGCAAUUGUCACCAAACCAGCAAUGACUUUGAUCAUCGGUGCUAUGUGGAUUCUGUCAAUGAGUUUCACUGCUCUGAUGGUAGUGCUAGUUACCCGACUGUCCUUCUGUAAAUCUACUACAGUUCACAGCUAUUUCUGUGAUCAUGGUCCUGUCUGUAGACUAGCCUGUAAUGAUUACUCCAUGAAUUACAUAAUUGGCAGUGUCCGUACUGCUACACUGCUUUACCUUCCACUGAUAUUAAUAGCCCUCUCAUAUGUUUGUAUUGGCUUUGCAUUACAGAAGAUCUCACAGGGUGUUGAGAGAAUCAAAGCUAUAAAAACCUGCACCUCUCAUGUCAUAUUAGUGGCCAUGUUUUAUCUACCAAUUAUUGGUAUUUACACUGCAGCCCUUACAACAUCUAUAAAUACCAAUGUCAGAAUAAUCAAUAGUGCUUUGACACAAACAAUCCCAUCCAUGUUAAACCCCAUCAUAUAUACUCUUAAAACAGAGGAGUUGUUACAGGCUAUUAAAGUACUCUACAAAAGGACCAAGGUAAACUCUGCAAUGUAA